CUUUCACAGAAAGAGUAAACAUGGCCGAGGAGAAGGACAGUUCGUACACGAUAUUAGAGUAUAUGCGCGACCACAGCGGCUAUAAGUGUGGCUACUGUAAAUCAAAAAAUACUAAUUUCAGUCAUGGGAUGUGGGCCCAUCAGAUAACAGUAGGCGACUAUCAGGACUUGAUUGACCGGGGAUGGAGACGGAGUGGAAAAUACUGUUAUAAGCCUACUAUGGACAAAACAUGUUGUCCGAUGUAUACAAUCAAAUGUGAUGCAGUGGAGCUAAAGUUGAGUAAGACUCAGAAGAAAGUUUUAAAGCGGAUGCAUCGUUAUCUAAGUCACGGGGAUAUAAAGAGAGGAAGUGGCCCAGACAACACUUUCAAUUAUGUAGAAAGCUCAGAAGAUUUAGGAGGUAAUCAAGAAUUUAUCAAGCCUCAAUAUGAUACCAAAGAAGAUCUCUCAGGUGUAUCCCUCCAGAUGCCAUGCGAGGAUGCAGCCAAGAUUUCAAAAUCUGCAACAGUUCAUUCUAAUAAACCAAGUGCAGAUGCACCUGCAAGAUUACCUGCAGAGGCCAAGAGUCAAGACUCACCUGAACUAAGUCAAGAGAAGAAAUCCAAUAAAAAUAAAGGUAUGGAUCCUAAUAAACCACCAUGCAGAAAAGCGAAAGAUAUACGACGUGAGAGGAGAGAAACCAAGCUUGCGAAACGUGCCCAGGAGGCUCAGGGUCGAGGAGAAUCUCCCAUGGAAAUUCCCCUAAACAGAGUUAAAAAUACUGCUAAAACACUUGAAGAUUUCCUUAACGAACCCUUACCAGAAAAUCCAGCACACACACUUGAGAUUAGAUUAGUACGUUCCCAGCCCAGCAGCAGCCAGUUUGUGCAUACUUUUAAGACCUCUCAUGAAGUGUACGAGAAGUACCAGACUAAAAUCCACGGGGACAGUCUGGAUAGAUGCUGUGAGUCGCAAUUUAAGCGAUUCCUUUGUAAUUCUCCACUUCAGGCUUGGCAUCCAAGUAAUGGACCACCACAAGGCUAUGGGUCCUUCCACCACCAGUAUUGGCUGGAUGGGCGAUUGAUUGCAGUAGGGGUGUUGGAUGUCUUGCCCUAUUGUUUGUCUUCUGUCUACCUCUACUACGAUCCAGAAUUUUCGUUUCUAUCAUUGGGCACAUAUGCAUCUUUAAGAGAACUGGCUUUGACACGUGAGCUGCAACAAAAAAUUCCAUCCUUGAGAUGGUACUACAUGGGUUUCUACAUUCAUUCAUGUCCUAAAAUGCGGUACAAAGGCAAUUAUAGCCCAUCAUUCCUGUUAUGCCCAGAAACUUAUAUCUGGGUUCCUAUUGAGAAGGCAGUGCCAAAACUAGACAUUGCAAAAUAUUGUAGGUUCAAUGAUGAUCCAUCUGCUGUUGAUGAAAAUGGAGAUGUUGACCUCAAACAGAUAUUGGUCCUUCACGAGCGAGAACUGAUGAAGUAUUCAACUUUCCAACUCUUAAACCAUGACACAGAAGACGAGGAAGAAGUCAGGGAGUAUGCCACUCUCGUGGGUGCCAAGAGUGCUUAUUCAAUGGUCCUAUAUCGCGGAUAAAAAGCAUGAAAUAAAUAGUUCUUUAUUU